UUCACCCGCAGAUUCCGAGGAACCGCCUCGCUUCUUCCACCCCGCUCCCCGGUCAACCCCCUCCGCCGCCGCCGCCGCCGCCGCCGCCGUUCUCCCCUGAUCCUCCCCGCCCCCGGCCACAGAUCGAGAUGGGCGAGGCCGUGCGCCGACGGGGGUGCUGCUCGAAGCAGGACUUCCUCCCGGAGGAGUCCUUCGCGAGCCUUGGGAGCUACGGGCGGGCCCUCCGGGAGACGCCGGCCAGGCUGCGGGACCGCCUCCUGUCCCGGUCCCUCGACGCGACGGAGCUCCACGAGGUCAAGGCCCGGAGCCAGCACGAGAUGAAGCGGACCCUCAACUGGUGGGACCUCAUCUGGUUCGGCAUCGGCGCCGUCAUCGGCGCCGGCAUCUUCGUCCUCACCGGCCUCGAGGCGAGGGACGACGCCGGCCCCGCCGUGGUGCUCUCCUACGUCGUCUCCGGCGUCUCCGCCCUGCUCUCCGUCUUCUGCUACACCGAGUUCGCCGUGGAGAUCCCCUCCGCCGGUGGAUCGUUUGCGUACCUAAGGGUGGAGCUCGGCGACUUUGUGGCGUUCAUCGCCGCCGGCAACAUCAUCCUCGAGUACGUGAUCGGCGGCGCCGCCGUGGCCCGCUCGUGGACGUCCUACUGCGCCACCCUCUUCAACCACAAGCCCACGGAUUUCCUGAUCAAAGCGCACGGCCUCGCCGAGGGCUACAACGAGCUCGACCCAUUAGCCGUCGGCGUCUGCGCCGCGAUCUGCGUCUUGGCUGUGCUGAGCACCAAGGGCUCGUCCAUCUUCAACUCCAUCGCCUCGGUCAUCCACAUCGUGGUCAUUAUCUUCAUCAUCGUCGCCGGCCUGAGCAAAGCCGACCUGAAGAACUACUCCGACUUCGCUCCGUACGGGGCGCGCGGCGUCUUCCAGGCUUCGGCCGUGCUCUUCUUCGCCUACAUCGGGUUCGACGCGGUCUCGACGAUGGCGGAGGAGACCAAGAACCCGGCCCGGGACAUACCCAUCGGCCUAGUAGGCUCCAUGGUCAUCACCACCUCUUGCUAUUGCCUGAUGGCCGUGACGCUCUGCCUCAUGCAGCCUUACAAGGACAUCGACGAGAACGCGCCUUUCUCGGUCGCGUUCCAGGCCGUCGGGUGGAACUGGGCCAAGUACAUCGUCGCCGCCGGCGCGCUGAAGGGCAUGACGACCGUGCUGCUCGUCAGCGCCGUCGGACAGGCUCGGUACCUCACGCACAUUGCCCGGACGCACAUGAUGCCGCCCUGGUUCGCGCAUGUCAACGAGAGGACGGGGACCCCGGUGAACGCCACCGUCAGCAUGCUCCUCGCCACGGCGGUCAUCGCCUUCUUCACCAAGCUCGAAAUCCUGUCCAAUCUCCUCUCCAUCUCCACCCUGUUCAUCUUCAUGGUCGUGGCGGUCGCGCUCCUCGUCCGCCGCUACUACGUCAGCGGCACGACCACGGCCACGGACCGCAACAAGCUCGUCGCCUGCAUCCUCCUCAUCAUCGGGUCUUCCAUCGGGACGUCUGCUUACUGGGGCCUAAGCGAAGGUUGGAUAGGAUACGCGGUCACGGUGCCCAUAUGGCUGUUGGCGACCGUGGCGCUGAGGGUGUUCGUUCCUCACGCCCGCAAUCCGAAACUGUGGGGAGUGCCGUUAGUCCCGUGGCUGCCGUCGGCCUCCAUCGCCAUCAACAUCUUCCUCCUCGGGUCCAUCGACAAGGACUCGUUCAUCCGGUUCGGGAUGUGGACCGGCUUCCUGCUGGUCUACUACGUGCUGCUGGGAUUACAUGCAUCGUAUGACGCCGCCAAGGAAUUUGGGGAGAGAAAGGCUCAGCAGGUGAAGAGGAUUGAAGAAGGAAUUUGAGACUAGAUGCGGCAACUUCAUUUAUGUGUACACAUUGAAAGCAGGGUCUAAGACAUUGUACAUAUGGUAAGCUGGGAAGAGCAAGGAAUUGUGGUUUUAAUUCUUCUAGAAAUUGGGUUAGGGGGUAUGCGUUGUGCUGAUCAUUUCUUAGAUGACUGUUCGAGAAAUAUUAUUUGAGGAUUGCCUUUGAUGAUUUACAAAGAUAUAUGACAAUGUGCAGGCAAAAA